AUGGCUCUGAACCAACUUUCUAAUGACACAAAUGCUCCAGAAUCCAGCAAAGGCACUUCUGCAAACAGGAGAAUGUGGGACCUCACCUGGAAACUACCAGUCCAAAACAAGAUCAAAAAUUUCAUCUGGAGAUGUUUGAGAGGUUUCAUAAGCUCCAAGAAAAGACUCCAAUGCAAAGGCCUCACUAUUGAUAGCAUAUGUGAUCAUUGUGGUGCUGCUGAAGAAGACCUAGAGCACUUAUUUUUCAAAUGUCCAAGAGCACAGAUCUGCUGGAAGAUCAGUGGACUUCAAUGGAACAAGAUAACAGACCAUCCCAACUUCUCUUUUGCAGAAUGGUGGUCCAACAUCUGUAAUGAUUCAAGUCUCCCAGCCAUGACUGAUAGGAUAAGUUUAUCUACUUAUCUUAUGUGGUGGUUAUGGAAGACUAGAAACAACUGGCUGUUCAACAAGGAGAAAUGUUCUGAGGUUGAGGUGGUGAGAAGAGCUACUCAUGACUGGAAUGAAUUCACUGAUGUUGGGUUACAAGUCCCUACAACCAUAAUAGAUAAGAUGAGCAACAACAUGACUCCUUUAGAGGAAUUUUUCCCCAGAGUAGGGCAGAUUUCUAUCUCUGCCAGUGCUCUACCCUCUUUGGAUGGAUGUGUUGUGUUUGCAGCUGUGGCAAAAUCGGAGGACCUCACUCUGCUGGAAUGGAAUGAAUCAUACAUGUAUGAGGGAGAUGAGCUUGGGAAAACACUGUGUUUAGUCAGAUGGAUCUUGGAAAAAGCAAUUCAAGCUGGAUGGUCUGACAUUCUAUGCAAAAUCACAAAAAAAGGCCUAGCUAAACAGCUUAAAAGAAGACAGAAUUUCAGCUGGAAAAUACACACUGUGGCUGAAGAUAUCUACUCCCUUGCUAAUCUGCUCUCUUCUUGUGAAUUUGCAGAUGAUGUACCUUAA